AUGCCUCAUAUAUGGAAUCGUGGUGGGGUUGAUAGCUCUUUCAGUACGCCACCCGCAUCCCCGAAAAAACGUGGGGUCGAAGGAUUACCCAAUACAGACGAAGACGUACAUAUGCUCACGGCCAAACUUGCAAUCGACGACGUUCACAUGGAUACUGCUCGCACUGGUACUCGAAAGGGAGCUGGCCUCCAGAUAUGGGAGCGCGAGGCACUCAAUAGUCCCGAGGUUAAACGAAAGGCGGUGGUCGCGCAAAUGUUUUUUCUCGACUAUUAUUUCCAGAACCUAGGAUAUCUUGCAUCUAGAAAGGAACGACGCGCCGCGUUUGAUGCAGAUACGCGUGGACGCGGGCUCAGUCCUGCCGAGUAUGCGGCCGAGUUCAAGUCGUACUGUGGUCGUGAGCGUGUAGUUCUGCGUAGGCGCCGUGCCAAGCUACGCGUCGACCAGUUCCAUAUUAUCGCACAGGUUGGGCAGGGUGGAUAUGGAGAGGUUUACUUGGCACGCAAGAAGGAAACAGGAGAGGUUUGCGCGCUCAAGAAGAUGCGCAAAAGGACACUACACAAGAUGGAUGAGGCGAAGCGUGAUAUCCUGACUGCAACCAAGACACCUUGGCUUGUUCGCCUACUUUACGCUUUCCAAGAUCCCACAUUCGUGUACCUUGCGAUGGAAUAUGUACCAGGUGGUGACUUCCGUACCUUACUGAACAACUCGGGAGUCUUGAAGGAAGAACAUGCGCGCUUCUAUAUUAGCGAGAUGAUCCAAGCUGUCUCGGAGCUUCAUAAACUAGGAUACAUCCAUCGUGACUUGAAACCAGAGAACUUCCUGGUCGAUGGGACUGGUCAUGUUAAGCUCACUGACUUUGGGUUGGCCACCGGUGCACUGAAUCCUAAAAUCGUUGAGUCUCUUAAGCACAAGCUCGAAGAAGCAUCAGAUGAGAACGUUGUUCACCGAAGUACAUGGACAGGCGUAGCCGACUCAAUCGUCGGCUCUCCUGAUUACAUGGCCCCCGAGGUCCUUCGCGGAAAGCCGUACACAUACAGUGUAGACUUCUGGUCGCUGGGAUGUAUCCUAUUCGAAUUCCUCUCGGGAUUCCCUCCAUUCUCGGGUGGAUCAUCUGAUGAGACCUGGGCUAAUCUCAAGAACUGGAACAAGGUGUUGAAACGGCCUGAAUACGACCGACCUGAAGAUUUGAUCUUCAAUCUGAGUGAUGUCGCCUGGGACUGCAUCACCAGGUUAAUUGCAGGCGCCAGCACCCGACCUUCCAAACUCCCCCAAAUCGCAGACCAUCCGUUCUUUGAAGGAUCUCACUGGGAAGAUCUUCGCUCGAUCCCUGCGCCCUUUGUACCAGCAUUGGACAGCGAGGAGGACGUUGGUUAUUACGACGACUUUACCAACUCUGAAGAUAUGGCCAAAUACGCUGAAGUCCAAGCAAAACAGCGAUCCGUGGACAAGGUGGCCGAAAAAGAAGAGAAGUUUGGACGGGGCGUUUGGGUUGGAUUCACGUUUGGAAAGAACGGGAUGGGUCCAAAGGGAAUGAAUGCGAUGGUUACGGGCAGCGGGAUUGCCGAGGUCGAGGAGGGCCAUUUGGACACGAUUUUCUAG